GUUUAGCCGGCGCCGAAACAUGGAGCUGUGCCAGCCGGCCUCUCUGUCGGACCACGACGAGCCGGCGUCUGGGCCCCAGCGCGGGGUUAAGGGGCCGGUGGGGCCCGACGCUCCUCGCGGCUGGUCAGAUGAGCCCGAGGAACACGCCCAGCAUCAACGGUGGCCAGAGGGACCCAACGCGCCAAUCUGCUGGCCCGAAGAGGUAGAGGAGCCUCAGGUUCCUAGUCGCUGGGCCAGAGAGCCCGACGGCCCUCGCUGCUCGUCCCAGGAGCCCGACGAAUCCUGUCACUUGGCUAAGGAGCUGGAGGAACCCGACGCCCCUCGCUGCUCGUCCCAGGAGCCAGACGCACCGUGCCACUUGGCCAAGGAGCUAGAGGAACCCGACGCCCCUCGCUGCUGGCCCCAGGAAUCAGACGCACCGUGCCACUUGGCCAAGGAGCUGGAGGAACCCGACGCCCCUCGCUGCUGGCCCCAGGAGCCCGACGAAUCCUGCCACUUGGCCGAGGAGCUGGAGGAACCCGACACCCCUCGCUGCUGGCCCCAGGAACCAGAAGCAUUCUGUCACUUGCUUCAGGAGGUGGAGGAACCCGAUGCCCCUCUCUGCUGGCUUCAAGAGCCAGACGCACCGUGCCAUUUGGGCAAGGAACUGGAGGACCUCGACGUCCCUCGCUGCUGUCCCCAGGAGCCCGACGAAUCCUGUCACUUGUCUAAGGAGCUGGAGGAACCAGAUGCAGCCUGCCUCUUGGCCAAGGAGUGGGAGGAAUCCGACGCCCCUAGCUGCUGGCCCCAGGAGCCCGACGUACCGAGUCACUUGGCCAAAGAGUGGGAGGAAUCCGACGUACCGAGCCUGUUGGCGGAGGAGCUGGAAGAGUCUGAUGCCCUUCACUGCUGGCCCCAGAAGUCAAACGCACCGUGUUUGUUGUCCAAGGAGUUGGAAGAACCUGGCGCCCCUCACAGCAGUCCUCAGGAGGUGGACACAGGGUGCCUCUCGGCCAAGGAGCCAGAGGAGCCUGACACCUCUCACCUGUGGCCGGGGGAACCCGAUGCACUGUGCCUCUUGGUCAAGCAACCGGAGGGGGCCGAUGCACCUCACUGCUGGCCCGAGGAACCUGAGGAGCCCAACGCUCUGAACGCACCGUGCUUCUGGGCCAAUGAACCAGAUGAGCCCGACGCACCUCGCUGUUGGUCAGAGGAGCCGCAGGUGCUGUGCCUCUGGCCGGAGAAGCAGAACACUACGCGGUGCUGGCAGGAAGAGUCCGAUGCACCCUGUUUCUGGCUCGAGGAUCGAGAGGAACCCAAAAUUUCAUGUCUCCAAUUUAAAGAGCCGGAGAAGCCCAAAGUCCCCUGCAGUUGGCCCGAGGAGCUGGAGGACUGCUGCCCUACUCGGGGCCUACCCCUAGAACCCUUGCUUGCCGACGACGACGAGCUGCUGCAGGCAUGUCCUGGGCCACCCUUGGACCCCGGCCCGGCGUUGUCGCUGCCCAGCGAGCCCGGGACAGCUCAGGAGGAGGGUGCACGCCUCAGGACGGUAUUCGACGCCCUGGACAGGGAUGGGGAUGGCUUCGUCCGCAUCGAGGAUUUCAUCCAAUUCGCCACGGUCUAUGGGGCAGAGCAGGUGAAGGACUUAACUCAAUACCUGGAUCCGAGUGGGCUUGGUGUAAUCAGCUUUGAAGACUUCCACCAAGGGAUUGUAGCCAUCAGAAAUGGAGAUCCUGAUGGCCAGCUGUACAGUGUGGAGCCUGUCCAAGAUGAAGAGCCCCCUGCCUGUGCCGAUGAGUUUGACGACUUUGUCACCUACGAGGCUAACGAGGUGACAGACAGUGCAUAUAUGGGGUCUGAGAGCACCUACAGUGAGUGUGAGACCUUCACAGAUGAGGACACCAGCACCCUGGUGCACCCCGAGCUGCAGCCUGAAGGGGACGCGGACAGUGCUGGUGGCUCGGGGGUGCCCUCUGAGUGCCUGGACACCAUGGAGGAGCCUGACCAUGGUGCAUUGCUGUUGCUGCCAGGCAGAUCCCGCCCCCACAGCCAAGGUGUCGUCAUGGUGAUUGGCAGUGAGGAACAUUUUGAAGAUUAUGGUGAGGGCAGUGAGGCGGAGCUGUCCCCAGAGACCCUCUGUAAUGGGGAGCUGGACUGCGAGGACCCUGCUUUCCUCACCCCCAGCUCCAAUCCUCUUGCCUCAAAGCUGUGCAACGUCCUCACUGACGAGGCCUUUGAGUUUUACUGUAGCCAAUGCCACAAACAGAUCAACCGCCUUGAGGAUCUGUCUGCCCGCCUGACUGAUCUUGAGAUGAAUAGCCCAGCCAAGCAGCUCUCCAGCAGGAAGGUGGCAAGGUAUCUGCACCAGUCGGGGACUCUGACUAUGGAGGCCCUGGAGGACCCUCCUCCAGAGCCUGUGGAGUGCCCAGAGGAGGACAUUGCUGACAAGGUCAUCUUCCUGGAGAGACGGGUGUCAGAGCUGGAGAAGGACAGUGCAGCUGCUGGUGAGCAGCACGGCAGGCUGAGGCAGGAAAACCUCCAGCUGGUGCACAGAGCCAAUGCCUUGGAAGAGCAGCUCAAGGAGCAGGAAUUCAGAGCCCAAGAGAAGGUCCUAGAAGAAACCAGGAAGCAGAAGGAGCUUCUGUGCAAGAUGGAGCGUGAGAAAAGCAUCGAGAUUGAGAACCUGCAGGCCAGGUUGCAGCAGCUGGAUGAGGAGAACAGUGAGCUGAGGUCCUGCACACCUUGUCUAAAGGCCAACAUCGAGCGCCUUGAGGAGGAGAAGCAGAAGAUGCUGGAUGAGAUUGAAGAGCUGACACAGCGGCUCAGUGAAGAACAGGAGAAUAAGAGGAAAAUGGGGGACAAGCUGAGCCAUGAGCGGCACCAAUUCCAGAGAGACAAGGAGGCAACUCAGGAGCUGAUCGAGGACCUCCGCAAGCAGCUAGAACAUCUGCAGCUCCUGAGACUGGAGGUGGAGCAGCGGCGGGGCCGCAGCAGCAGCCUGGGCCUGCAGGAGUACAACAGCCGCGCACGGGAGAGUGAGCUGGAGCAGGAGAUCCGAAGGCUCAAACAGGACAACCGUAACCUGAAGGAGCAAAAUGAUGAGCUAAAUGGACAGAUCAUCACCCUCAGCAUCCAGGGUGCCAAGAGCCUCUUCUCCACGUCCUUCUCAGAAUCACUGGCUGCAGAAAUCAGCUCUGUCUCCCGAGAUGAGCUCAUGGAAGCAAUCCAGAAGCAGGAGGAGAUCAAUUUCCGCCUGCAGGACUACAUUGACAGGAUUAUUGUGGCCAUCCUGGAGACCAACCCAUCUAUCCUAGAGGUCAAGUAGUACACCUUAGCCCAGUUUGGGCUGAUUAUAGACUCCACAGCACCCAAGAGUGGCCCUGUCUUGCCACAGAGAGCCAUGACCAGCAGGUCCUGCAGCUUACCAAGCCUAGGUACCAAGCCUGCAUGUGUGGGGUCCUCAUGCAGCUGGACUGGGAGAAUAAAGAAGGCUGCAGAGGCAAUAAGAAGGAAGAAAGGGAAGUCCACAGCAGGCGAAGAGUGGGGCUGGCUCUCUGAACAUCAGGAAGCCAGGGCCUCCCAUACAAGCUGGCCUCACCAACACUACCCAUGUCUGCUCAACAGUGUGCAAAUAUGUGGGGAUAAUCUCUCAGGCUGGCACGGGCCCCUUGCUAAGUCUCUGGCCCAUCUCCCUUUCUGCUAUGCACCCUGUUAGGAAGAGAGAGAGAAAAUGAGUCCUCACCUGCUCUCACUCCUGUUGACAUGGUGCCACCCAAGCUUGCCCAUUCCCACAUGGUCUGCAAGCUGAGGACCCAAAGUUGGACAUAGAAAUGGUAGUACUGGAAAGACAGGCAGGCAAAGACGGCACAUGCGAGGUCUGGUCCAGAUCCAUAGGCCACCAAUUCUCCUUGCGCGCUGCUCAGGCCGUCUCUCACCAGAUGGGCUUCCAUUCACCUUUGGACCCAGGGCCUCCAAGCCACACAGCUAUUCUUUGGCCAGACCCUCACUACAAUAACUCAUCAACUCUGGCUCUUGUAGGGGCUAGAGCAGCUAGCUCGUGCUGACUGUGGAACUCAUUUCCUGGACUGAUGAACACUGUCAGCCUCUCUGACCCCAGUGCAGGUGCUGCUUCUCCUCAGGUGUGGCCUACCUUGGCUCCUGGGCCCACACCCUCCUCAGGCUGACCUUGCUGCCUUGGGAGAAGUCUACAUUUCCCAGACAAUAGUCUAGGCCUCUGGAACAGUUUCCUUCUCUGCUUUUGACUUUAAAUCCCUGGGUGUCCCCCAGGAGUCAUUUUGCUAGUGGAUGGGUGGAGGAGGCUCUACACGGACCCAGAGGCAAAGGAAGGCUUGCUGCCUGCCCUGCACCACCCACAGAGCUGCAGCACCCAUAGCAGCUGGACCUGAGCCUGAGCACUAGCCAGAGUCUGGGCACAGUGUCUGAGACAACACCAUAGGCUCUGUGAGUGUGAGUGUGUGUAUGUAUGUAUGUGUGUAUGCACGUGUGUGUGUGUGUGCAAGUGUGUGCGCAUGCAUGAGUGUGCACACAAGUGUGAGUGUAUGAAUGCUUGUGCCCAUACAUGCUGCCCUGCAUCCCUUCACUACCUAUUUCCCUGCCCCCGCCUCACUUCUACACUACAGUUUAAGAUGUUGCCUCGUAUUGUACAUUUUGGGGAAAGCCUUGUGUGUAAAUCAGUGUAAACUUGGAGGAGAGAUUUUUCUAUCAUGUAGAGUAGGUAUUUUUUAUAGAUUGAAGGUUGAUCAAUUUUUUAAUACUUUCCAGAGAGAAAACUAUCUGUGUAUACAUAUGAAAUAUAUAUAUAUAUAUAUAUAUAUGUAUAAUAUAUCAAUACUGGAGCCCUGCCUUUCUGUGCCCAGGUCCAAGCCCUGUGUAAGGGCUUGCAGCCUGUCUCUGCUGUCCGUCCUGCAGUGCUCACUUUAAACACAGGUCUCCAGGAUACACUGGGAGACACACCAAUCACCAACUUGCUCAUGGCAUUGCUUCAGCUCCCUGAGAAGUAGCUCUUCCUCCAGGGCAUGGAAGGAUGGGAGGCCAACAGGAUCCUGGCCCAUGUGUCAGCCACCACAGAUUAAAGCUGUUACUGCACACAGAGCUGGCUUCUGUCUCCACCGGGUGGUAGGGUGGGUGGCUAUGGGCCUUGCUUUUGUCCCCCUCGGGUUUCUAGGGAGAUGAUGUUGGCCAUGUAAGUACAGACCAGGGAAACCUACUGUUUUCUGCCUUAAUCAGGUCAGGCCCACCCUGAGGCCCCAGGCUUUCUCCUCUAGGAUGUGCUGCUCCCUGGGCAGAGUCUAGGUCCUGAAGUGAAUAGCCUCAAGACAGUCUCUUCUAAAGACAAGUUCCCAAUGACUUCCAACGGCCCCUUACUGGUAAGACUUGUGCCCUGAAUACAGCCCAGGUCUAUAGGAGCCUCAGGUGAGGUUGCCAUGCAGACGGGGGGGGGGGGGGGGGGGGGGGGGGGGGGGGGGGGGGGGGGGGAAGUAUAAGUAUAGAUGUGGCUCUCACAGAUGUCAGGCACAGUGCUCUUACCCAUGGCUUACACAUCCUGUGUCCCAAAGGAAUCACUGGAUAGUCAUGGGGUUUAGUGAAAUAUCGAGAGCCAUCGAGAACAGCAGGAGGCAUAUUAUAAAGAGUUUAGGUGGCACAGUAGGCCCUGACACCACACACCAUCAGAGCAGCAAACCACGUACCUAUUGCACUCCCAGUCACACACCAUCAGAGCAGCAAACCACGUACCUAUUGCACUCCCAGUUAGGUUCUAGUCACAGGCAUUUAAAUGACACCAUCAAGGCUCCACUGUGCCUAGAGGGGCUGGAAAGAAACAAGGAACACAUCCCACCACAGUCUGGCAGCUCCUCAGUUUAUUUCCCAGUUAGGUAUUGUCCAUUCAACCCCCCAGUGGAAGAUUCUGAGGAGAACGAGCCCCAGGAAGACAGUGCCCCAUUUGGGAUAUGUUGUGUAUUUGGGAUAUCAUGUUUAAAAUGGAUUGUUAGUAGAAACAUUCCAGGAAAAGCUAUCCAGGAAUUUUCUGUACGAGACCAGCAGUAUGCCUAGAGGAUAAUCCCCUAGCAGACUCUUCACUAAACUUCUGGUGGUGGGGGUAUGGAGGGAGUGGCCACAGGGCUUGCCAGCUCUUGAACCUACAGCAAGUGGAACUCUGCCCAAAGCAAAUCCUGUCUCUAGUUGGCCCCUGACAUUGUUUUUAUCUUCCUAGUCUUGGUCAGUCAUCUGUUAGAGAACAGCAUAGAUGAAGCUUAGCCUCUACACAUUUAAAUUGACACUAGCCUCCCUGACUACCCUGAAGAAUGCCCAAGUUUGGUAAACCCAGGUACUUACACAAAUCUGCUCUGAACCUGCUGACAUUUUGGAAUCUUAGAAGAAGCCCAGAGCACAACAGGAAUUGUAGCCAGGAACCUCCAUGUCUAUUUACCAUGAGGUUGGUGUUCUGCCUUGUGUUACAUGUCACUUGUGGAAAACAGAAAUUUAGACUCAAGUUUUAGACCUGACUGGCCUGCCAGUCUUGACUAAAGCAUCCAGAGUGUUCAGUCAAUGGGGAUGUUGACUCUGUAAUAGCUUCUGAGUCUCUUACUACACCUAGGGUUUCACACAUGCUCAGCAAGCACCUACUGAACUGUAUCUGCAGUAUGCAUCUUUAGAAGUAACUAUACCUUUGUGCUUUGUUUAUUGAGACAGAGUUUUAUGCAAUUUGGGUUGUCCUCAAACUCACUAUGUAAUUGAUGAUGGCCCUGAGCUUCUUGUCUGUAUUGAGAACCAUAGGUCUGUUUCACAGCUCCUACCCGCCUCUCUUUUAAGACCGAAUUUCACUUCAUAGCCCUGGCUGGCCUCAAAACUUGGAGAGAUCUGCCUGCCUCUGCCUCCCACUUACAAGAGCUGUGAUUAAAGGAGUGCACCAUCUUGA